UCGAUCGAAUAAAUAUUAUGUGUUGUAAAAAUUAGAUUCCUGUAAAAGUGAAAUGAAUGUGCAAUACGAAUAAUAAAAUAAGCAUAAGGAAACUAAACUUGGACUUUUAAAGGCAUCGAAAGAAAAUAGAAUUCGUUAUGGCAUAUCGUUACGAUAAUAAAAGGAUGAUGAAAAUAUUUGGUUUACUCUGGAUUGCGUUGGUUGAUAUGGCUGUGGGAGAUAAAUUAUUUAGUUGCGAAGUAUGCAAAUGUUAUGGAGCUACAGUAGCUUGUGUCAACAAGAAUUAUUCUUCUGAAGAUUUGCAAGGUAUUGCAAGAAGUUUACCUGCACACACAACAGAUUUGAGGGUAGAAAACACCAACAUCACCGACUUUUCAAUCAAGGUUGUACCUGCCAAUGUUCGGUUAAGGAAACUUAUUCUGGAUAAUAACCGAAUUCGAAGCUUCCCAAAAGACUUAGGAAAUUCUUUUCCUCUUCUUUCCUUCAUAUCAGUGCAAAACAAUGAGCUAAAGCUACUCAAAACAAGUGACUUCUUCAACUUGUCAUGCCUUCGUCAUCUGGUUUUAACGUCUAAUCAUUUAAUUGAAGUUAACGACACCACAUUUCUUGAACUUACAAAAUUAAGGUUUCUUCGUUUGAACAAGAAUCUUAUUUCCAAAUUACACAUCAAUGCAUUCAAAGGACUUCACGAACUUUCCAUCUUAGAUGUAAGCGAGAACAAAAUAGUUAAAUUAAUAUCAGGCGUGUUUGAUAAUCUGGGGAGUCCUGGUAUUAUGCUGAAAUUGAACAAAAACAAUAUAAAAAAAAUACCGAACAAUUUAUUUGGAAAGUCACCACAAAUAUCUUCGCUGUAUCUUUCUGACAACAAAAUAUACGAACUAGCAGACAGAGCAUUUUAUGGGUUAUCUGUAAACGUAUUGUUAGAUUUAACAAACAACAAUAUUACAAGUUUUCAACUGUCAACUUUCAAAAACUUCAAAAUCACAGUACUGUACCUGAACCAAAAUCCUUUGCAUUGUGAUUGCGACCUAUACAAAUCGUUUUCCCCCUUGUUGAGUAUUGGAACUUUUAUUUUUGGCGAGUGUGUUUCACCAUCAUUGGUUAAACAAAAAUCAAUUUCCUUUCUGACUGCAAACAAAAAAUUGGUAUGCAACGGGUGCGAUUUAAAUCCAUGUCUUAAUAACGGAAGUUGUUCUUCGACUCUUGCGCCAAACUUUACUUGUGCAUGUAAUGUUGGAUACGCAGGUCAUAGAUGUGAGAUCUCAUGUAAAAACAAACAACAAUGUCACGAAAAACAAUAUUGUUACAAUGAAACCACUGCAGCCCACGUUGCAUCGUGUAUAUGUGCAAAUGGUACUAGCUUUCACGACUGCACAAAUAAAGCUUCGUCGCACAAGAAUUUGACUUGGGUAUAUGGAAUAAUAUGUUUCGCUGUUCUGCUAACACUUUUGAUUGUGUUUUUUAUUUACAACAGAAGACGAUCUAAAAGGUCCACUACAGUCACCUAUAAAAAUGUAAAUAAGUAAAAACGAGUGAACACUUAUAUAUCAGCAUCUGCUAUUCUUAGUUCAUAGGUGAGCAUUACGUCCAAUUAUCUAGCAAUGCCCACUUAGUUAGCAGUGUAUCCUGACUGAUCUCGGCAAGGCUACUUGUGUUUGCACGUUAGGAACUGACUGCUUCUACCUUCAACUGUUACAUUAUAGCAAGCUAUUGCACUCGGAAAAUGAACAACAUAGCUACAUACAUUCCAGUUUUAGUUCGGACAAAAAUUAUUGCGUAACAAUAAUUUGACGAAUUAGCAGUAUAAAUUUGUGCCAUUUUUUUUAUUUUCAGACGUUUUUUUUCUCAAUAAAUUUUUUUUUAUGAA